AUGGACGCGUUCGUGUCGCGCAAGAGGAAGUGGGAUGAGGGGCCGCCCAGGUCCGUGGCGAGUACAGGCAAGCGGCCUUCAGAGGCUAGAGACCCAGAAGAAGAGUCUACUGAUUUCAAGUUGGCCUUACUGGCAUCUUUGCAUCCUACAGUUGAUGAAGGGACUCUGCUUGAAGCAUUGCUCGCUGCUGAGGGGGCCGUUGAACAAGCCUCGGAGUGUCUAUCGCGACCUCAAGUUACUUCCCCACGCAAGCAACCCGCAUCAUCGACAGUGGGCUAUCAAUCAUCUCUGAGCGCGUAUCGCAUUACUCCAGCCAACGGGACGCUGACCAAGAAGCCACUUGUGAGAAAGGGCAAGACACUGUUUCUCUAUAGCCCAGAAGACAUCGAAGUACAUACGCCUUGUUCAAUCAUACACAAUUUCCUUCCGGUAGAGCAAGCGGAUGCACUGCUGUCACAAUUACUGGACGCCUCGUCGACCUACGACAGGUACGAGUUCAAGCUGUUUGACAGAGUUGUUGUAAGCCCACACACGUACUCUUUCUACGUCAACAGCUUAGAAGAGGCGGAACGACAAAAGACGGAAUACAUCUACAACGGUGGCCAGAUCGAGGAUGUCCGACAAAGCCUCCCAGAAAUGCUCAACGCAUGCCCCCAAGUCGAAGACGCCGUCAACCACGAAAUCCGCCGCAGAAUCCGCGACUUCUACCCCAACGGCAAGAAACUCAGAUACCAAUCCCCUCACCCCUGGAAAGCCAACACCGCCUUCGUCAACUGCUACGACGGACCCCAAGAAAGCGUCGGAUACCACGCCGACCAACUCACCUACCUCGGUCCACGAGCCGUCAUCGGCAGUCUAAGCCUCGGAGUCGCACGCGAAUUCCGGGUCCGCAAGACCGUCGCCCAAGACGACGAGCACCGAAAAGACGACGGUUCUCUCGCGGACGCACAAGGCCAAAUCAGCAUUCAUUUACCACAUAACUCGCUCCUGGUUAUGCAUGCCGAGAUGCAAGAAGAAUGGAAACACUCGAUUGCGCCGGCCCAAGCUAUUGAUCCUCAUCCGCUGGCGAGGAACAAGAGGCUUAAUAUCACGUAUCGGUUUUAUAAGGAUAGCCUCCAUCCGAGGUAUACGCCGAAAUGCAAGUGUGGUGUUUCGACUGUGUUGAGGUGUGCGACGAGGAAGAAGGAGUCGAGGGGGAGGUAUAUGUGGAUGUGCCAUGCGGGUUAUGUGCCGGGGAGGGAGAGUUGUGGGUUUUUUCAGUGGGCGGAGUUUGAUGAGGAUGUCAGCACGCCUCAUCCCAGUCUUACAUCCCAGAAGUCACCCGCACCUAUUUUACCGCCACAUCAGUCGACCAUGCCACCUCUCUUCCCCCACCAAGCGGUCAUGUUCCGGCCAUCGACAUCCAUGCCGCAACCCAACGAAGUACUCGACAGUAUCCUCACAGGCUAUCUCUGGGGUUGUCUUCUGAUAACCCUGUUCCUCUUCACGUACUUCGCCAUCAGCUUCUGCGCCUGGGUGCUCUCGGCAGUUUUGGCUUCGAUCGACACGAUUGUUGACUUCGUACGGAUGUACUGCGACUUUUCGGAUGCUAGUACCGAUGUCGAGACGAUGGCUCCUAUCUGGCUGGAGAAACACACGGCUGAGAGCGCAGGGCAGCUCAACAGACUAGAUGAAAUCACCAGGCUUAAAUGCACACUACACGAAUACGACACCGCCCUCCAAGACGCACACUCAGCCACCGAGAUACCCAUAAAACACGCGGUCAACACCCUCACGAACUUCCCCAACCUCCCCGAGAAAUCCCCUACAACCCCGCCCCUUUCUUAA